AUGGCUUCCUUAUCGGAGGCACGUGUAGCACGCUUCACCUCGCGCUGGCUGACGGAGGAACUCAACAGCUUUGCACGGUCUGGUAACUGGGAAGGCGCCCUGCAAACCUUUGAACACAUGCAGCAGUCCAGCCUGGUGCGUCGGAAUGUGUUUCACUACACAACGUUACUGACGGCGUGCACUCGUGCUGGGCAGAUGGACGCCGCCAUGAUGAUCUUUCGUCAGAUGAAGGCAAAUCAAGUGAAACCGAAUGUGUACACGUACACUAGCCUAAUCAACGGCUGCGCAAAUGCCAAAAAGCUCGAUUUGGCGCUGCGUAUCUUCGCUGAGAUGCGACUGGUUGAGGUCCCACCGAAUGUGAAGACGAUGACAGCACUCAUCUCCGUUUGCUCACGAUGCGGGCAGUGGAAGAAGGGCUUCCAGGUGCUGGAUCAGUGCGAGGAGCUCUUUAUUGCACCGAAUGCUCUCACCUACACGGCGGCCAUGGACGGCUGCCGUCGCGCCGGGGUGUGCACACCGGCGAUAGCGUUGCUGGAAACAAGAAUGACAGAUCCCAGCCAGGUACGGCCAAACGAUGUGACGUACAACACCGUUCUUGGCGCCUGUGCGGCUGCCAAGGAUCACAAGUCUGCAUUGCGGGUAUACGCGCGUAUGGUGGCAGACGGCUAUGAGCCGAUAGAGUACACACGCGAGCUGCUCAAGGAGGUUUUUCGCGGUACAUCCCUCGACGGCCUUGCCGACAACUUGACGGUGCGCGUGAAGACGUCCAAGUGGGAGGCGUACGUGCCGGACUCGGAUCCGGCCACGGCAUUGCGAGCCGCCCAGGAAGGUGGCUGA